AUGAAGUCCCUUAACGUUGUUGCAAUUGUGCUCGUAGCGAGCACAACACCUGUAUUAGCGAAACCCGUCGACAGAAUCGUUCAACAAGACACGGCACUAGCCAACCAGACGCUCGCAGACUGGCUGGCAGAUACCGCAUUGCCACUUUUCUUCCCAAAUCACACUGGAUGGGACACACACUACGACCAGUUCUUCUCACCAAAUUUGACGGCGUCAUUUGGCAUCAACUCGUACAACUACACCACUCUCAAGGCCUUCUUCAACGCGACACAGAAUGCGCUCGCGGCCCAGUUCGAGUUCUACGCUGUCGAGGUCGACACCCGUGUUGGUCUUGCAGCGCCGGACGGAGUAGGUGGACAGGUUCUACUCGCCGGCAAGGAAUACGGCGUUCUCCAGGGCACCGGAGAGGAAGUCGUCGGAACGAAUGGCAUCUACAGCGUUAUCGAGGAAGUUGACGGGCAGCGUCUGAUCACAGAGUGGCGCGAUUUCACCAAUACGGGCACCAACGGUACUGCUACUGCGUAG